ACGAUAAGUCAGAUGAUAGAAUGAUAAGAAGGACGGGUGGCGAAAUCAAAGAAACGUGCUUGCUUUAUAGAAACGGAAAGCUGGUGUGUGGAGUUAAACAGCUGUUUUAGAAAAUAGAAUAUUUUAUUAUCUGUACAUAUAACUUCUCAUUGAAAAAACAAUGGGAGAAGAAAACAAUACUGAGAUGAUAAACUCGGAGUCUGCGGUUAAAUAUUACACACUAGAGGAAAUAAAACAACACAGUUCGAGCAAAGAUGUCUGGCUCAUAAUCCACGAAAAAGUAUACGAUAUCACCAAGUUUCUGGAGGAGCACCCGGGAGGGGAGGAGGUAUUGAUGGAACAGGCUGCGGCCGAUGCAACGGAAAACUUUGAAGAUGUUGGCCACUCCACCGACGCCAGAGAGAUGCUGAAACAAUAUUUCAUUGGAGAAUUACAUCCGGAUGAUCGGAAGAAGGAUAGCUCAAAGGGUGUCUUAAUCACAACAUCCUCAAGCCAGUCCAGUAUGUGGACAAACUGGCUCAUCCCAGCUCUUGCUGCUGUUGUUAUGGGCCUGAUGUACCAUUAUUACACCUUGGACAGAAAGUCCUCUUGAGCUCCCUCAUGUCUUCUCAUCCAACUCUGCCUAUCUAGAGGCCUUGACAUCUUGGACAGAAGACCCUUCAUAUCACUCACAGCAGGGAAUAUAUGUGGGAUGGGGGCUCCCACCUAUAUUUCACACUAUAGUCAUUUGCAAGUUUACUCCCAGGACAACUCCAUUGAAACAUUCCUCACUGGCAUAGUCUUCUGCUCACCACAUCCUACCUGGAGCAGCGAUUUUGGGAUUGUAGGGGAGCUGUCUAUCAGUGUAUUCUCCUCCCCCAUUACAGUACUUACAAUGUGCAAGCACUCUUUAGAAAUAUGGUAUUUGUAAACAAUGGUAUUUUUAUAUACAGGUCAUUUCCAUAGAUGUACUAACAAUUUGGUAUUUUUGUUUUUAGCCACAUCUUUAUUUUGUGCUCUGUUUCAUCAGUGUACACUGUUGUAACAUGCAAUUGCAUAGGAUGGAAAUAUUAUAUCAGGGCUGUUUUUUGUUGUUGUUGGUAUAUGUAGAUCUGUGACCUGUACAUACUUACUAAAUGCAGUUUUCAUUUUAAAACCAAAGCACAACAAAACUGAUCAUGCAAUGAAGGCCAUACCUGUAAAAAUAGAAUUUUUCUAAAAGAAACUGGAGUCUAAUUUUAAAUUAUAUAAACAUUAUCAUACCUCCUGGAGUUUUUUUUCUCUUAUUCAUGUGUUGAUUUGCUUAUAUUUUUAUAGGCAAAUCAUUAAUAAUUUGUCAUUAAUGAAAAGAAAUGGGUAAAAUAAAACAAUUACUCAGAUGCAUCUGUUACGCACAUAUAUAUGUGUUUCUUUUUUGAAUAGAGUAAGAAAAAAAAGUACUUUCAAUAAGUCAAGGGAUCUCUAAACUUACUUCUGGCUCCCUAUGCAGCAGUGGUACAACCCAAAAUAGGUGCAAACAGUGAAAUUGCAUCAUGUUGUUUGCCCUACUUGCAUGGUCUUUAUAUUCUUGUGUUUUGCGUCCAUUUGUUGUACACAGUUACAUUGUACAUCUUUGAAAAUCAAUGGCCACGUUGUGUAAACUGUAUUACAUAUUCAAAUGCUGUGACUAUGCUAAAUUUUAUACUGAAAAUUAAACCAUUUCAGUCUCUGCUGAG